CCUGAUGAGAAGACUCCUGUGCAGAUGGGCGGAGUCUAAUGAUGGCAUGUGACUAAUAGUUGAGGGCGGGGCCAAAAACUAGGAUAGCCUAAAUGACAGAUGAGUGGACUCUAAAGACCAAGGCCAUGGACAUACAAACUGUGAGUACAGCCCUUUCAGAAGAGACUUGCCUAGUGGAUAUCGAGCAGUGUGUAAAGUUAGAGAAGACAGCCAUAAAGAUUCAGUCAUGGUGGCGUGGCAACAUGGUCCGGCGAACACUACUGCAUGCAGCACUUGGAGCGUGGGCCAUCCAGUGCUGGUGGAGGUCGGUGCAAACCAAGAUGCUGGAGCAAAGACGGUGCCUGGCACUAAAACUCUACACCUGCCAGGAAUGGGCAGUGGUGACGGUGCAGGCGCGUGUCCGCAUGUGGCAGACCCGCAGACGAUUCCUCCAGGCACGCCAAGCUGCCUGCAUCAUCCAGGCUCACUGGCGCUGGCAUGCCAGCCAAACCCGAGGCAUGAUCCGGGGCCACUAUGAGGUCAGAGCCAGCCAGCUGGAGCUUGACAUCGAAAUUCUUAUGACCUAGGGUGCUGGCAAAGCCAUGGGGGGCUGGAUCUCCCUCCCAAUAAAGACACUUACUGAUCAUAGACUCAC